AUGGAUGACGGCGCGUCGACGCCGCGCGUGGUCGUCCUCGGCGGUGGUUUCGGUGGGCUCUACACCGCGCUCAGGCUCGAGCGAUUGGACUGGACGAGGACGACGAAGCCGGAGGUGGUGGUGGUCGACCGCGGGGACGCGUUCGCGUUCAAACCGUUGCUGUACGAGCUGGUGAACGAGACGAUGACGCGAGACGAGGUGGCGCCGACGUUCGAAGAACUGCUGAGACCGACCGGGGUGAGACACGUGCGAGGGACGGUGCGCGGAUUCGAGCCGGAUGGGUUGAGCGAGACGCGAGACGGGACGCCGUGUAGUUCGUCGGGCGGAACGUGCACGUUGGCGGACGGGACGAGUUUGACGUACGAUUAUCUUGUCUUGGCGCUCGGGACGGCGACGAACGAUGGAGGGGUCGAAGGGGCGAGAGAGCGCGCGAUCGCGCUGAACGGGGCGGAGGACGCGAUGAAGAUUUCGAGCGCGUUGGGCGAGGCCGCGGCGGCGGGUCGACGGGCGCGCGUCGCCGUCGUCGGCGGCGGGUUGUCGGGCGUCGAGCUCGCGUCUGUCGUCGCCGAGCGAUUGAACGCCUCGCCGAGUGGUGGUUCGGUGGACGUGAUCACCCCGAACGGGCGCGUGAUGUCGAGCGCCCCGGUGGGCCAACGCGAGGCGGCAACCAGGGUGCUCGAAAAGGCGGGCGUGAACGUCGUGAGCGGACGCGUGCUUCGUUUGAGUGACGUCAACGACAUCGACGCGGUGAGCACCGCGGCGAGCGUUCGAUUGGCGGACGAGAUCGGCGAAGAACGCGACGAGGUUUACGACAUAGUGUGCUGGACCAUUGGCCAGCGCGCGGAGACGCCGAAGGAGUGGCCAGUGGCGACGACGGGCGCGCGCAAGAUCAAGACGGACGCGACACUUCGCGUGAACGGCCACUCGCGCGUGUACGCGGUCGGUGACGCGUCCUCUAGCUCAGCGGAAGUCAUGAACGCAAGCUGGAACGAAUUGCCAUCCACCGCGCAGGUGGCCUUCCAGCAAGCCGAUUACGCCGCGUGGAACAUUUGGGCAUCCAUGAACGGUAGAACAGCUCUUCCGUUUCGAUACCAACACCUCGGUGACAUGAUGGUGCUCGGCGAGCUCGAUGCCGCCGUGGCGUUCCCAGUCGGCGACAUCACGCUCGAAGGCCCGGCCGCGGCGGCGCUUCGCCGUCUCGCGUAUCUCUACCGCAUGCCCACAGACGAGCAGCGCAUGAAGAUCGGGUCAAAGUGGGUGCAGCAGGGCGUCGAAAAGCUCCAAAGUGACCCCGUUGGAUUCUUCGAGGACGUUCGCAAGGUUCUCCCUAAUCCCUUCGCGCUUUGA